GAGCACCGGCAUAUUGAGUGAGCGGGCAAAGCGUUGCACUGUCAAACAAUUUAGCAUCGCUAACUUAACAUAGUGGUGUUUCGUGUUUUUGUUAUUAAAUCCGAUUGAUUCGUUUUUACGCAAAAUAAAAACCGACAAUUUUUGUGAAUUUAUUGAUUGAUUUCAAUUGAAUUGAUAAUUAAAUUAAGUUUGAAUCAUAAUUUUUCAAAACUUUGGUAUUAAAACAUGAAGCUCGUUAGAUUUUUGAUGAAAUUGAGCCAUGAGACGGUGACAAUUGAAUUGAAAAAUGGUACACAGGUGCAUGGAACCAUAACCGGCGUUGAUAUUGCCAUGAAUACACAUUUAAAGGCUGUCAAAAUGACCAUCAAAAAUCGUGAUCCCGUUCAGUUAGAUUCGCUCAGCAUACGCGGUAACAAUAUCCGAUAUUUCAUAUUGCCGGACAGUUUACCGCUCGAAACAUUGCUAAUCGAUGACACACCAAAAGCAAAAGCCAAAAAGAAGGAUGCUGCACGAUCGGGAACACAACGAGGUGGACGUGGUCGUGGUGCGCGCGGAAGAGGUGGACCUCGCGGAGGAAGAGGAGCACCUCGUGGACGUAGCGGCGGAAGACGUUAAGACCAUGGAAAAAUUGUAUCAGUCGAAUGAGUGAAUGAAUACCGAUCAUCAUUUCAAUAGGAAAAAAAAUCAUUGCCAUUCGCUUCAGUUCAACUCAGUAAGGAAGAAAAAAAAAUGAAACAAACAACAAACCACAAUAGCUCCAAUUUUGGAGACCAUCAAAUUGUCAAGAUGAGGAAAAAAUGAACGAAAAAUAUGGAAACAUUCAUAAAUUUAAGAAUUUAAAUAAAAACAAAGGAAAAAAUAUUCAAAAACACUUUGAAUAA